UGUAGGCUAGGUAGGUAGUAGUUUGUUAUGCUUUUGUUGAUUGUUGCGUCUGUAAGAAAUGAAUUAAAUCAGAAUCUACAAAUACUUAAAAUAAAAAAUCUUAUAAUUUAUAUUGUACCUCAUAUAUCCAAGUUAUAUCCAUUUUAAUAGUAUUGCCCAGAUAUAAUAACCUCAAGUUUUGUUUACAUUUUGGUAUCGUUGUCAACGAAAAUCAUCACACAAUACCAUGCACACUAAACUUAUUUCUUAGUGGCAUCGAGUUAAUAGGUACCUAUCUUAGUGGUCUUAUACCUAUAUUUGAUUUGAAAGCAGUAUGAGAUAUAUUUAUUAUUAGCUUAGGCUGUGGUUGUCUUGUUUAUGAGUUUAACAGUUAGAACACAAUGAGAACAGUUCCAAAGUGGGUAAAUAAAAUACAUGAAGCCGAUAAAAUUGAAUUUUCAAGUGUCCACACACUAUGCUUCAGCCCAGAUGGCACCCAGCUAGUGGUGGGAGCUGGUGAGAAAGUAAUGGUGUAUGACCCUCGGGAUGGUUCUUUAGUGCAGUUGCUUCAAGCUCACAAAGGUGCGGUAUAUGCUGUUGCCUAUUGUGGUGAUGGCAAGAAGUUUGCCAGUGGCAGUGCUGAUAAGAAUGUCAUCAUUUGGACCUCAAAGAUGGAAGGUGUAUUGAAAUAUUCGCAUAGUGAGGCUAUUCAAUGUUUAGCCUAUAACCCAGUGACGAUGCACCUAGCGUCAUGCGCACUCUCGGAUCUUGCAUUUUGGUCGGCGGACGUAAAGGCAGUUCAGAAGCACCGGGUGGCCGGCCGCAUCACCUCUUGUGCCUGGUCUCCUAAUGGACAAAACCUUGCUAUUGGAUUAGCAGUUGGUGCUGUCUCUAUCCGGGAUAGAAUGGGAGACGAAGUUCAACGCAUCACUCGCGAGGCAGCUGUGUGGGCUGUCACCUUUUACAAAACGACGCUGUUGGUUACCGACUGGAAUGAAACCUUGUCGUUUUACAACACCCAAGGGCAACAAGUAUCCAAGGAUAGAGACAUAGGAUUGGCAGCACUUUCAGUGACGAUGCUGGGGUCUCUGGUGCUAGUGGGAGGCGUGGGCAGCUGGGCCGUGCUGACCUCCGAGGGCGUGCCCAUCCUGAACACGCAGCAGGAGUGGGUGUGGGCUACAGCACCUUCGCCCAACCUCAACACCUUGGCAGUGGCAUGUCAAGAUGGCACUUUAUGGUGCUAUCAAGUGGUGUUCAGCACAGUGCACGGGCUGUAUCGAGAACGGUACGCGUACCGCGAGAACAUGACGGACGUCAUUAUCCAACAUUUGACGUCCGGCAACAAGGUCCGCAUCAAGUGUCACGACAGGGUGCAGAAAAUAGCAAUAUACAAGCACAGACUAGCGGUCCAGUUGCCGGAGCGCGUGGUGGUUUACGAACAGGGGGACGUGGACGGGAUGCUGUACCGGGUGAAGCAGAAACUGCCGCAGAAGACGGAGUGCUCGCUGCUGGUGGCCACGAGCGAUGCCCUACUUCUGUGCCAGGAUUCAAAGUUAGUGAUGGUGGGUCGGCGGCUGCCGAAGAGUUGGUCAAUGCCGGCGCCCAUCCGCUACGUCAAAGUUACCACGUUGUAUUUUGAAGAGGUGCUGUUGUUGGGGCUUCAAAAUGGACAAAUCUGGCAAGUGGAGCCGGUGACGGGCACGUUUAAGGCGGUGCUGCAGACUCCUGCCAGCGUGCGUUGUCUGGACGUGAGCGCGUCCCGCAGCCGGCUGGCUGUUGUCGACGAGGCCUCCAUCUGCAGGGUCUACAGUCUGCCCACUGGGGAACUUCUCUACACUGAGGAGAACGUAUCGUCAGUAUCGUGGAACUCGUGGUGCGAUGAUUUACUGAGCUUCUCCGGGGGUGGGCUGCUGUCCAUCAAGGCUGGCCUGUUCCCGCCCGCCACGCAGCCGCUGCAGGGCUCUGUCGUCGGUUUCCAGGGUGGCCGUGUUUUUUGUUUGCAAGCUAACUCUAUGCAAACGAUAAAUGUGCCUCUUUCACACGCAGUUCACCAGAAUAUCCAGCAGAAGUUGUUCAAUGAGGCGUACGCUGUUGCGUGUUUGGGCGUCACGGCUCUGGACUGGGAACGGCUCGGGAUGGCGGCGUUGGAGGAACUGUCUUUCGAAGUCGCCAAGAAAGCAUUCCAGCGCAGCGAAAAUAUCAUAUUUUUGACACUCAUCGAUCAAUUACAGGAAAGAUUCGAAGCGGGUGAAAAGCGACCGGUGAUUGUGGGCGAAGUGGCGGCGUAUCGCGGGCGAUACGCGGACGCGGCGCGGGCGUUCCACAGUGUGGGGCGCGACGAGCGGGCGCUCAACUUGUACGUCGACUUGCGGAUGUUCAACAAGGCACAGGAGUACGUGGGCGAGGGCGAAGGCCUAGCGGCGCUGGCGCGUCGGCGCGCGGAAUGGGCGCGGCACGUGAACGAGCCCCGGGCCGCCGCCGAGAUGUACCUCGCCGCCGGAGACGUCAAGCGCGCCGCGCAACUCAUGGCCGAAUCCGGGAAGCGGGAUAUGCUGAUUGAACUGGCCCGCAAGUUGGACAAGGGCUCGAGCGAGUCUCUGAGACACGUGGCGGAGGCUCUAGUUACUGCAGGGGAACCCGCCACCGCCGCUGACGUGUACCAGCGACUGGGCGACUACCGGAGAGUAGCGCAGCUGGCGGUUUCCGCGGGCGAAUGGUCUCGAGCGUUCGCGUUGGCUCGCGAACAUUCGGAGUGCCGCCGCGACGUGUAUCUGCCGUACGCGCACCGAAUGGCGCAGGAGAGCAAGUUCGUGGAUGCACAGAAAGCUUACCACAUGGCCGGAGAGACGGCGACGGCGUUGCGAGUGUUCUCGAUUCUCGUCGGCAACGCGGUCGCCGAAGAACGCUUCACGGACGCCGGCUACUUGUACCACUUGCUGGCGGCGCAGUGCCUCGACACUGCGGCUGCGUCUGGAGACAAGGAGCGUACCACGAGUCUUCAGAAGUACUUCGCGAACGAGCGUCUGGCGCGUAUCUACCACGCGUAUGAUUCCGUACAUCGCUGCGUACACGAGCCAUUUUCUCUGUGUCAGCCGGAUGCGUUGCUGAACGCGGCGAGAUAUGUGUUGGCCCUCGUUGAUGGCGACCCACCCCCAGGAGUCUCCAAAUUCUGUUUAUAUCUUUGCUUGGCAAAACAGGCGAAAGCUUUGAAUGCCAACGGCUUAGCUCUCCAGAUGUUGGAUAAAAUUCUCGGACUCCUGGUUCCCCAAAAAUUUCAGGAGAGCGUAGAGCUAUUGAUACUGAAAACACGCGCGGCGGGCGGCGGGGAGGGGCGGGACGAGGACGUGGCGCCACUGUGUUGGCGGUGUCGCCGCCACGCGCCACCACUCUGCGCCACACGCUGCCCGCAUUGCCGGCACGCUUUGGCCCACUCACUGGCUACUCAUGAAGUGUUGCCUCUUGUACAAUUCGAGCCUUCGGAGGGAAUAACAGAAGAGGAAGCGAUGAGCCUGAUAGAACGGUCGCCGCUCCCCGACACCGCGAGUAGAGAGGACAGCGGCGGCGCGGAAGUGUUGAGAAUAGACCACAUCGACGACAGUGGUGACCCCUUUCUGGAUAAAGUGGACGAGGACGACGAGUCGGGCGUAGUGUCAUGCAGCCGCGGCGCCCUGCUGCGGCUGAGUCCGGCCAGCGUGGUGGUGGUCCGGCGGCCGCUGCAGCCGCCGAUGUACUACCGCAACAUGCUGCCCGAAUUGCCCGCUAUGGCGUGCCCGCACUGCCAAAAUCUAUUUUACAUGGAGGAUUAUGAGAUUCAGUUAGUAACGAAAGGUCACUGUCCUUUCUGUCGACACGCUGCGGACGAAUCGCGAACAGACGAAGAAAGCAUCGACGAUUCCCUCCUAAACGGCUCUACUACUUCGACACCGGGCAGUCCCAGCAAUGGACACAAUUCUUGGCGAUAACUACCUUUCAUAGUGUGUCUAUAUCAAGUAGUUUGGUGUUAAUUAAUGCAAUUAUGAAAAUUGUAUUGUAUAUGUAUUAUCUACAUUUAUAAUUUUGCACAUAUGUGCAACGUACUUUGCACAUUGAGUAUACAUUUUUAAUUUAGGACGCCUUUUAGGAAUUUCCCUCAGUGUUUACGUGAACAUAAUCCCCUUUAAAUUUUUAAUCAAUGCUGGCGUUACGACAUUGUUAAUUUCACUUUUUUAACAUUAACAAAUAGUCCAAGCUUCGUAAAUUCAUUCAAAGAACACAUGAGCUAUGAGGUUGAUCGUGCGCAGUGUUUGCAUCAGCGGCGCCUCUUUCGCUAUGUUUGUUCUCCCGUUUAGGCAAUGUGUUAAGUUUUAUUAACAAAUAAAUGAUGUUGAUAAAACUUCAGACUCACACAUCACUCACAUUACCUAGACACACUACUGGUAUUACAUUACUUGCAAAGUUUUAUUUUAUACUGUAGGCAAUUAGGCAUACGGCUCACCUGAUGGUAACUGGUAUGCCACCGCAGUCUAUCUAGUGUUUAGCCACAUCACCCUGUCAGUAAACUACAAGUUGCUUCAAACUAGACUAAAAUUUGCUUUCCACAUAAUUAUCAUCAAUGAUUUGUAAUAUUUUAUAUACAUUAUUACUUUUCGUUAAGCUCAACACUCUUAGUCGUCUCAAAACUGUAUUGUUUUACUUUUGCAGUUCUGAGGUUGAAUUUAAUUUAGGUUUCUUUUCCUUGACAUGAUAGCCCGGUCAAUUCAUCCGUGCUUACAGAAAUAACCAGAAAGUACAUAAAUAAAAAUAUGAAAUGUGAACUAUUGCUUACUAGCGAAGAUAGUUUAGAAACAGACAGACGUAGAAGGCGACUUUGUUUUAUACUAUGUAGUGAUAAUAUACCUACUUAUUAAUAAAAAAGAAUAAUAAAAUUUGUAAUAUUAAAAUAAGGCCCACCAAAAAAUUUCGACCAAUCCCACUGAAAUUCACAAUGUAUUGUAACACAAAGUAGAAAACACCAUAAAUUUAAUUAGAAUAGUAAUGUAGUUGCAGCAAUAUGCUUCUAAUUAUAGGUACUCAAAUAUGUUUAAAAUAUUGAAAUGAUGGAUUCAUGUUACCUUUCUGAGAUUUUACGAAUAAUAAUAAAAAUAUUCGAUAUCAUAAUAGUUGUACAUUUCAAUGAAAUGAGUAAGUAUAUGUUUCUGGCGAAUUUUAAUUUGAUUAAGUAUAUAACUAGAUAUAUCUAAAUAGUAUUUUUAUAUAAGUACACAGAUAUAUGAGUAUCCUGUAUUAGUAUUUAUAGAUUAUAUGUACAUAAAAUGGGUUACACUUAUUAAAAUAUAUCUAUUUCAGAAUACAUUGUGUAAGGAAAUUUAGUUCGCGCGUACAGCCACUAGGUACUUAGAAAAUUAAUCCGUUUUCUCGUUGUGAAAAUGCAGCAAAUGUAUGUUAUAUAUGUAUGUUAUUAAUUUGUUAUUUUUUUUACACAAUAUCUCUGGAAGAAGUGUUAUGAAAUUGGGCACAUGGGUAGAAUAUAACCUGGAAUAACACAUAUGGAACUUUUUAUCCCGAAAUUCCCACGGGAGUGAUGCCUCGGGGCACAGUUAGUUUGCACAGUUCGUUUUUGUAAAAGUUUAUAAUCUGGUUUACACAAGCUUGAGUCGAAUAGCACAAUAUACUUUUUCUUUACUAAAAGUUAUAUUUUAAAAAUUUGCGUCCCAAAUUUGUAUGAUCUAAUCAUACACAUGCCUUAUAGAAAUGUAAUUUUAAUUAACGGUAUUUUAGUUAUUUUAUAGGCUAGCGCCCUGCACGCUCCCGUGGGAAUUUAGGGAUAAAAAGUAGCCUAUAUGUUAUUCCAGGUUAUUUUCUAUCCACAAUCGGUCCAGUAGAUAAAGCGCGAUAACAAACAAACUUACUUUCACAUAUAUAAUAUUAGUUGGGUUAUGGACGGUCAAAGUACGAGAAUUUUUAUUCGUAUUUAAAUAAUAAUCAUACAAUUAGCUCUAACAUUGAUGUUCAUUUAGGAAACUACUGAAUCUGAUAUUUAGUUCACAUGGACGAAUCAUUGAGCAAAGAUUUUUUAGUUAAUAAAACUUGAGCAUACUUUAAUUGCCCUGUUCGAUGUAUUUACCUAUAAAAAUAUGAUCUCUAAGCAUUUAGAAUAUAUAUAAUUAUAUAGCGUUAUGUUAUAAACAUUGUAACUGAUGUGAUACUACCACCGUCCAAUAAAAAUAUACACUGAU